AAAGAAACAAAUCUAGACAGAAGAAGAAUGAAAUAAUCAGAAAAAGAAAAAAUAAUACAAACAUAGAAUAUAAUCUUAAUGAAAAAAGACUGAAACAGGAGAGACACGCAAGCAUACAUAUCCAGUUGGAUCACAACGGUUGUUCUUUGCAUCAUCUCUGACUACCAGUAAAAGGAAAGGAAGACCCAUAAUUUUGCUUUAAAAAGACAAGUGUGUGAGAGUCUGUUCUGUGUGUCAGGUCGAAGAGAGAGAUAGAGAGAGAGGAGAAGAUGACGCACGCAGACGAGAUGAUGUUCAUUGAGCUACCAGCCCCUUCUUCAUGGACGAAACUGUAUUAUCCGGAGCUAGCAGGUUCACCGAGGAAGACAAAGAUCGUGUUCGUAGCUCCAACUGGUGAAAGGAUCAGCUCACGCAAGCAGCUUGAGAAGUACCUCAAGGCUCACCCUGGGAGCCCUGUCAUCUCUGAGUUUGACUGGACUAAUGGGGAGUCUCCGAGGCGAUCUUCCAGGAUCAGCCAGAUGGUGAAGGCUACCCCAACCCCCACUCCUGAUGAGAAAGAGCCUCCCAAGAAGAGGAGACGCUCUUCUGUCUCUAAGAAGGGGAGUAAAGGGGCUGCUGCUGCUGAGCAAAACGAAGAGGCGCAAGAAGGGGAGGUUGUUGCUGAGGAGAAUGUGGAGGCUGACAAGAACGGAGAGGCGGAAGAGUCUGCUGUGAAGGCUGAGGCUGAGAAGGAGGGAGAAGUUGUGGCGGACGAGAAAGAGCCUAUGGAGGUGGAUACCUCUGAGGUGGUGAAGAAGGCUGAGGGUGAAGGAACCGCUGAAGAACCUCCCAAGGUUGAAGUCCUCAAGGACACUGAAAUGAAAGAACCAGUGGAAGCUGUUGCUGCUGAGGUGAAUGGAGAGGAGAAGGCUGCUGAGGAAGAGACUGAGAACAAGGAGCUGACUUUUGGUGAGCCUAAGCUUGCUGCGGAUGCAGAAGCUGAUAAGGGGAAUGAAACCAAAGAAGCUGAGGAGAAGAAGGAAGAUGGUGAGCCCAAGCUUGAUGCAGACGCUGAAGCUAAUAAGGUGAAUGGAACAGAAGAAGCUGAGGAGAAGAAGACAGAAGCUGUUGCAACAAUAACCGAGGGGGACGAGGCAGGCACAAGGAAAGAGUUUGUUGUUGUUUGAUUUGAGUUUUUUUCAUUUGUAGCUUUAAAGAUUAUUAUGUGUUUGUUGUUGUUGCUGUUUUUUUAUGUGCUGGUAGAGAACUAAUGUCUAUGUAGUUCAGUCCAUUAUCAUUAGACUCUUUGUACUCGCUGCGAAGUUUUUAAUGUUAGGCAUCCAGUCUGUUUCUUUUUUCA